AAGUUUGUGUCUAGAAGUUUUGGCAUUUGUAUCAUAAGCUUGUGAGUUGUGCGUGGGCUAUAACCACAAUUAAAAGUAGGAGAGCAAGGUGAAAUAAUAAAAGCACCUAGAUUGCUAAUUCCUCCACAAUACCAGAGGCAGCCUCGAGCUACAAUACUAUGUUAUUUAAAUUUCUGCGACCGCCUCCAUAACAAGCUGGGCGAAGAAUAGUUACCUGAGCAACAAUGAAGAAAGCUUGGAGCCUACGGCGUUUGCGGUGUGUCCAUGCGGCCACGAGAAUGGAACCCUCGCCCUCGCCCAUUUCUUCCAUAGGCUCAACGCUGCCUUCUUCCUCUUCCGCUUCCGCGGGAGAUUCUCAGCGCUGGUUCCACCAUCUAUACGGGAUUCUGUUUUCAAAUUCAAGUAGAUUCAGAGGACCCAGAAUGCCUGAAUCAGAAAUUGCUUAUGACUUAUCCAAAGUCUUUGGUUCUGUUUUGGCAACAGUUAUCAGUGUCGGAUUGGUUACAGUUAACACUUCAUUAAAUGUUGCUUUUGCAGAAGCCAAUGAUAAUGAGAACCAAAUCUCAGGGACCACAGAUGCAAUAUCCUUUUCAGAAGAAAAUAAUGAGGAUAUAGAAAAAGUUGUUCGACAAGUGCGAGAAAGAGUACAAGAGAAUUUACAGAAAUCUAAUACUAAAGGGGGCCUUCUUCCUUCCUUUACAGUUGCUGCUAAAGGUCAACAGGUUGCAGUAAAAUUUACUGUAUCCCACAGCUGCGAUCUUUCACAUUUGAUAGCAUAUUUAGUUUCAAGCCUGGGUUUGAAGACUGUUGAGAGUGGUGGUGGUGCAGAAAUGAUUUUACGUGCAUGGGAAAGUGCAGUUGCUCGACAGUUUGUCCUUUUACAUCCUGAUCAAUAUGUUACCCAGGGUGGUGAGACAGAGCAAAGAGUUGGAAUGACAGAAGGGGGUCAUAUGCGCAAAACAACCCUGGGAGAUAGCAUUUGUGUCCUGGUUUUUGAACCACUCAUUGGCUCCAGUAAUGCUGCUGAGAUUGAAUUUCUGAAAAGGGCUCAUUUCACCAUACAAGAACUUGAUGCCCUUACUAAUGCACUGAUAAUUGCUUCUGGAAGUGCAAACACAAGGGGAGCUGUACAGAAGAAGAAUAAAGAUGCUUUAAAGCGAAGAGAAAAACAAAAUUCUGGGCCAAAAUUUUCUUCUGAGACAAAGGCUCUUGAAGCAUUAGAGGCCAUGGGAGUGAAGAUAUAUGGGCUUGAGGCAUUGAAUGGAAGCUUUGACAAAGAUAUCAUAUCUUGGGACAACUUAGCGGGAUACCAUGAGCAAAAAAGGGAAAUAGAAGACACUGUGUUGCUUGCUUUGCAACAUCCAGAGAUAUAUGAUAAUAUCGCUAAAGGCACUAGGUGCAAGUAUGAAUCUAAUCGUCCUCGAGCUGUACUCUUUGAAGGACCUCCGGGCACAGGAAAAACGUCUUGUGCUCGUGUCAUUGCAAGCCAAGCAGGUGUUCCUCUGUUAUAUGUUCCACUUGAGGUGGUGAUGUCAAAGUACUAUGGUGAGAGUGAGCGGCUGUUGGGGUCUAUAUUUAAUCUUGCAAAUGAACUUCCUAAUGGUGCCAUCAUAUUCUUAGAUGAGGUUGAUGCUUUAGCUGCAGCUCGUGACAAGGAAAUGCAUGAGGCGACCCGAAGGAUGUUAUCAAUACUUCUGCGCCAGAUAGAUGGGUUUGAACAGGAAAAGCGAGUUGUGGUAAUUGCUGCUACAAAUAGGAGGCAGGAUCUUGACCCUGCCCUUAUCAGCCGCUUUGAUUCUUCAAUUGUGUUUGGCCUCCCUGAUCAGAAAAAUCGUGAAGAAAUUGUAGCUCAGUAUGCACGCCAUUUGAACUCACCCGAAUUGGCCACUCUGUCUGUAGCCACAGAAGGUAUGUCAGGUCGUGACUUGAGAGAUGUCUGUCAACAAGCGGAGAGGUACUGGGCCUCAAAGCUUAUCAGAGGCCAAAUAGGUGAGCAAUCAACAGAUGGACUUCCACCAAUUCAAGAAUAUCUGGUAUGCGCAGAGAAAAGACAGCGGACACUGUUGAAAUGGCAUGAUGAGGAUUUGACUCUCAUGGGAGAUGACCAGCAUGCCAUUUCUCGUACGAAGAAAUGGUCAUCUGUGAUGGCCUAGAGAGUCCAUUUAGUAGUCACAGAGAGAUGACUACACAGCCAAUGGAGGCAUUCAUAGGAAGUUAAAAGCAUCUUUGAACAAGAAACCUUUUUUGGGCACAUACAUAUUAGGUAGCUGUAUAAUAAAUUUUCAAAUUUUCAUUUGAAAAUAGUGCAAAUUAUUUCCAUGUGUAGCAUUAACUAUCCUAGUUCUUGAGGACACAUAUGGCACAGUACUAGUUAUCAAUGGUUUUGAAAGACAGACUUACUGAAGAUCUCAAUGCUGUAUAUUUAUUGAGGAUCCUGUAUAAAAGGGAUACCCUAUGACAUGUCAUGGCCUUUUGAAAAUCACAGUUGGAUCCAUCUAUAAAUUCCCCGUGGAAAUAAAAAAUUCUUUUACAGUUUUGUGUA